AUGGAAACUGGGUGUUUUUCUUUUCACCAUAGUCUGACGAAGAUUAAUGAGAUCGCAAUUAUCAAUAACCCUGCAGUUUAUUUCAUUAUAGGCUUAUUUGUGCUAUAUAUAAUAUGCCUUAUAUUAGGAAAUAAAGCUGAUAACAAAAAGCCUCUCUCUAAUGUAAAAAGGCCUGCAUCAACCUCAAGAAGUGACUUUUAUGUGGCUCCAUCUGAAUUUAAAAAUUUUGAAGAGGAAUCAAGCGAGAUUAGCAGAGUAGAGAACUAA